AAUUCCCCACUCCCCCCGGACGAGCGCUCGAGGCUUCGUGAUUUGGAGUUCGAGUUUCCACGCCCGCCGCCUGCUCGACGAAACACCUGCGCGUGCGGGGAGUGCUCGGCCGCCAUGCAGGAGGGGUGGGGGUCGCCUGCCGAGAUGAGGAAGGUCACGGCCCCGGCGCAGGACGAUGGCGAGGACUGGUUCAGCGGUGUCCCCGACGACGUCAUCCGCCACAUCAUGUCGUUCCUGACCACGCGCGAGGCUGUGCGGACGUGCGCGGUGUCGCGGCGGUGGCGCGGCCUGUGCCGCUCCGUGCCCUGCAUCGACGCCGACAUCAUCGUCUUCAAGCGGAGAGACACCGAAGUGGAACAGUAUGAUGAAGAGGGGGAGUUGGCGUUCAAGAUGUUUAUGAACAAGGUGAUGGAGCUCCGCUACACCGUUGCCACGAUACCUGAGAAUGGAAAGUAAUUUGCAAAUGGUACCCAAGAUUCAACAAUCUUGUGAGCCUGACUCUCGGUCAGUGGUGUCU